AUGGAAUCGGUUCAGCUGUCUCAUUCGGGAUCGACAACACAUUCCAGCUCGAUCCCCGGCAUGUUCUCGCCCGAUCGCUCUUCGCAUGUCAAUACCAGUGGGUCAAUCGCAGAUGACCAGCCUCGACGAGCUCCCAAUCGGGAGGAGCGAUUCACAUCAUGGGUAGCCGACCAUCGUCUCGACCUGGAACAGCGAAUCCUUGGUGACCGCGCUGAGCGUCGCGAAUCGCGUCUACCUGGUCGACCAGCGCCAUCGCAUAGUUCUCUUAGAGACGCUGCUGCAUCUCAAUAUGCGCCAAGAGGGCCGUAUGUCCCAAUUGAGUUGCAGUCCGCAGCAGCAGGAAGCUCCGGCGAAGCGCGGUCGCAUGCGCGCUCAGAACGAGAAUCGCAUUCAGCACACUCCCCGCCUGACCCUGAAGACCUCCGAUGCAGGCAAUCGCAAUCGUUCGUAUCACGGCUGAAGGAGAAGAGGCUACGGAGGCGACUGAUUACGCUGGUUAUAUCUGCAUGUUUUCUCAUCCUCGUUAUCGCCAUUUACCUCGCAUUCGCUGCUUCCCGUACGACAUUGGGCCGAGAGCUCCAAAUACUUCUCAUCUUCAUGAUCUUAAUUCUUGGCAUUGUUUUCUGUCAUUCUCUCACGCGCUUCUUGAUGGCACUAUUACGACGGCCUGACUCUGAUGUCGCUACGAAUCGCAUACCCAGUAGGGCAGGGCCAGCCGGCUAUGCGCAACCAGCGCGUCCCAUCCACGUUAUUCUAGCUGGAGAUGAGGACGUUGGAGCCGCGAGUCCGAAUGCCGUGCGCGAAAAGGUCACGGCGCCUCCUCCGGCAUACGGUCUUUGGCGAGAAAGUGUGAGGAUUAACCCCGACUUGUUGUACUGGCAGCGCAUCGAAAAUAACAAUGCGCACGUACCCAAGGGUGUUGGCAGGCAUGGGAGCAAUAAAUCGCGGAUCCCACGGCCGCCUAGCUACACCUCUGACAACGGCGUCGACUAUGUGAUAGAAGCGCAACCCCGAUCAUUCACCCAAUGGCGGAUUCCUGAAGAAUCAGGGCAUCAGCCAUGA